AUGGAUUCUUCAGACGACGAUAUGCCCCUUGCGGGUUCAAGGAGGGUGAAUGGCACAAACGGAGUCGCACCUCCCUUGUCUUCAUCCAAAAUUCCAUCCUCGAUCGACGCUGCAAUGGACCGCCAGAUCCCCACGAACGGCGAAGUCGUGCCCGGUAUUUCGAUGGCAAACGGUGAGGUGAAGGUGGAAGAGUUAUCACCAUCCGGCAAUAAGGACAAUCUCCUCAACGGCGUCGCUGCUGCGAAGCGCAAGGCCAGAGAGAGCCUCACACGACCUUCCUACGCCGAGCCAGAAAGCAGCGACGACGAUCUGCCGCUGAGCAAAAAGAGAAAGACUUCAACUGCUGUCGAGUCGGGUUCUGAUGAUGUCCCUCUCGUCGCUAAGCCAAGGGCAAAUGGCAAAGUUGUUCAGAAGCCUCCUCGAGCUUCGGCUCAUCAAAUCGGCGAAGAGUCAGACUCUGACGUGCCUCUCGGGCAGAAGCUUGCUAAGCAAAAACAGAAGAUCGAGAAAGUGGCAGAGAAGGAAGCAAAGCAGAUUCGAAGAGAGGAGGACGCCGCGAAGGCUCCCAAGAAAGCUGUCCCCGCAAAGAGAGUAAAAAAGGAGGAAUCCAGUGAUGAUGACAAGCCUCUAUCGAAGCGAGCACCCGCGGCUGCUACCAAGAAAGCUAAAGCUGAACCAUCCAAAUCCGCCAAAAAGAGCAAGCCCGAAGUUUCCUCACCCGCAAAGAAUCCCAAGGCAGUCAAAAAAGAAGAGAGUGCCGAUCCUGAGGACGAGGAGGAAGAAGAGGACGAAGUCAAAUGGUGGGAGGAUCCCACCAAAGGCGAUGGAACGAACAAGUGGGAGACAUUACAGCACAAUGGCGUUGUCUUUCCACCUCCUUAUCAGCCUCUUCCCGACCACGUCAAGAUGAAAUAUGACGGCGAGCCCAUCACUCUCCAUCCUGAUGCAGAAGAAGUUGCCGGUUUCUUUGGCAGUAUGCUCAACUCGACGCACAACGUGGAGAACCCUACCUUUCAGAAAAACUUCUUCAGCGACUUCAAGGACAUUCUAAAGAAGACCGGCGGCGCAAAGAACAGAAACGGCGAGAAAGUGGAUAUUAAAGAAUUUUCAAAAUGCGACUUCAGGCCCAUCUUUGAGUUCUACGAGGCUGACAGAGCAGCGAAAAAGGCUCUGUCCAGAGACGAAAAGAGAGCUAUUAAGGCAGCAAAGGAUGAAGCCGAAGCUCCGUACAUGUAUUGCACAUGGGAUGGCAAGAAACAAAAGGUUGGCAAUUUUCGAGUCGAACCUCCUGGGCUUUUCCGUGGCCGAGGUGACCAUCCAAAAACUGGCAAAGUCAAGACCAGAGUCAUGCCUGAACAGAUCACGAUCAACAUUGGCGAGGAGGCAACCGUCCCUGCUCCGCCAGAAGGCCACAAGUGGAAGGAGAUCAAACACGACAAGCAAGGGACGUGGCUGGCCAUGUGGCAGGAAAACAUCAAUGGCAACUACAAGUAUGUUAUGCUGGCGGCGAAUUCAGACAUAAAGGGCCAGAGCGACUAUAAGAAGUUCGAGAAGGCUCGUGAACUCAAGAAACACAUUGAUCGGAUUCGCAAAGAUUACAAGAAGGAGCUCAAAUCAGAGCUGAUGGCGGAACGUCAAAAAGCAACCGCCAUGUACCUGAUCGAUCAAUUUGCUCUUCGUGCGGGUAAUGAGAAAGGGGAUGACGAGGCUGACACAGUCGGUUGUUGCUCCCUGAAAUACGAGCACAUUACUUUGCGAGCUCCCAACACUGUCAUCUUUGACUUCCUGGGAAAAGACAGCAUUCGCUUCCAUGAAGAGUUCGAAGUGGACGCGCAGGUGUUCAAGAAUCUCAAGAUCUUCAAGAAGCCGCCAAAGAGUGAGGGAGACGACAUCUUUGACAGGCUCACUACGACGCAACUCAAUAACCACCUGAAGAAUUAUAUGCCUGGUUUGACUGCUAAGGUCUUCCGUACCUAUAACGCGUCGUUCACAAUGUCCAGACUGCUCUCCGAGAUGAAAUCUGAAGGUACAAUAGCCGAAAAGAUCAAGGACUACAAUGACGCUAAUCGGAAAGUUGCAAUUCUCUGCAACCACAAGCGAACCGUGGCAGCUGGACAUGCGGGUCAGAUGGAGAAGUUAGGCGACCGAAUCAAAGGCCUCAAGUAUCAGCAAUGGCGAAUCAAACAAAUGAUGCUCGACAUCGACCCAAAGAUCAAGAAGAAGAAAGGUGCAGAGUACUUUGAGCUGCCGGACGACCUGGAUGAAGCGUGGAUUCAGGAACACCAGGCUUUCUUGGUGGAAGAGCAGAAGAUUAAGAUCACUAAGAAAUUCGAAAAGGAGAAUGAGAAACUCAAAGCGGAAGGUGAGAAAGAGAUGAAGCCCAAGGAGCUCGAAGAACGCCUCAAAGCUGUCAAGGAAUUGGAGAAAAGGUUCCAGAAGGAGAACAAGACGAAGAAGAUCGAGGCCGAAGGAAAGUCCCCUACCAUCGAGAAGUUGGAGGAGCAUGUCAAGAAGUUUGACGCGAGGAUUGCUACCAUGUCCGUGCAGGCAGAGGACAAAGAGAACAAUAAAGAGGUGGCACUGGGAACUUCGAAGAUCAACUACAUCGAUCCACGGUUGACAGUGGUUUUCAGCAAGAAAUUCAGCGUGCCCAUUGAGAAGUUCUUCUCAAAAACCCUACGUGAAAAGUUCGAAUGGGCCAUCAAAUCUGUCGACGAGGAGUGGACCUUUUAG